CCUGGUCCGAGGCUUCAAACCAAAAUGGCGGGCUUGACAACAGUGACAACAAUGCCUAAUGUUCUAGUAUUUUAGGGACUUCUUGCCAAGAUCUAACUAUCAACUGAUGCCUCAGUGAAAUUUAGCCGGUGAAAUUUAGCUAAUAGUGUCUGUUCUCCUUGUCCAGGAUGAGUUCUCCAACAUCAAGUCUCAAGAAGGGCAGGCGAAACCCUUUGAAUCCCAGACAGCCAACAGUGCCUUAUAGAAAUGCAGCUAUGGAUAUGACACCAGAGAAAAUGUUGAGUGAGAUACCAAGUGAUUUCCUUAGAAGAGACGUCUUAGGAAGACUUCCAAAAGCUAGUCACAAAGGUCCAAUGACAGCCCCAAGCGACCAUGAGUUGAUGGGCAGUAUGGUAAGCAGACUGGCACAGGCUGAAAAUGAAUUAAGAAAUGCAAAGAAAGAAAUCAUUGACAAGGAUAAGAAAAUCAAAAUUCUUCAAGAGAAAGUUCAGCUUCUGGACAAAGCAAGAGGAUAUAGUUCUGGUACCAUUGGGGACUUGGAAAGAAAGUGCCAGGCUCUUCAGGCACAAGUUCAUGAAAUGGAGGAGUUUUUAGCUGAUUAUGGCAUGGUCUGGGUUGGAAACAGUUCGCCAACAGAGAGUGCUUAUAUGCCUCUUGAUGAUGAUGCACAUCCUAAUGAAGAUUCUAUGGUCACCCCUACAGGGUGUGGAGUGUGGAAUCCAGCUGCUUCAGUUGCAAACCCAUCAUUUGAAGUAAAUUUCGACCUUGUGUUAAAAAACGUCAAGGAGCUAAAUGUACUGGCAGGGGAGGGGUGUGCAGUCAUCUCUCGUACUAAAGAUGGUGCAAGACUCAAGGUUCCAGACUCCAUUCCACUGGCACUGUACUACAAUGGUAUUGUCAUGUUUGAAGGUCCUUUCAGGCCUUUUACAGAUCCAACAACACAGCAAUGCAUGAGAGAUAUCAUGGAAGGCUAUUUCCCUUCAGAACUGCAGUCACGAUAUCCUGAUGGCGUGCCGAUUAAUGUCACAGAUAGAAGAGAGACUGUUUAUAGUGAUCGCCGUACUGAGAUCCUCUUCCCCGGUGAAGGCCAAAGUCUGGAUAAGAAGACUUCAGAAGGAUCCCUGUCUGCCAUCAGACAAGUAACAAGCACAGCUCCUGGCCCCAAGCACUCAAUGGAACAGUUCCUGUCACGUCUACCGCAGGCCGUUGUCAAGGAGGGGAAGAUAAUUGACGUCAGAGCAGGGGUUGAACAAACUAUCAAGGGCUCUGGUAGUCAGAAUGACGUCAUCGUCGUUGAGACUCCGGCACUGCAAGACAUCAAGGCCAGAGCGGAUGACAAAGCUAACUCCUCUGAGCGCGUGUUUUCCGCGGCGUCUCGUGUCACGACCCUCAGGAUUAAAUCCGAGAAUGGCGAGCAGACUUAUAUUUUGAAAAUGAAUUUUACUGAUACAGUUGCUGAUAUUCAUAGUUAUUUGGAUACAGUCAGGCCAAAGAAUUCCCCCCCAUACAAAAUCAAGUCAACAUUUCCUAAUAUGGUGUACUCAGACCCUACUGUAACUUUGGAAGAGUGUGGCCUGGUACCAAAUGCCACUUUACAUCUUUUACCAGGAAAAACUUGAUGGGGAUACUAUGGUGGGGAAGAUUAUGAGGACUCUGGGCUAAAUUUUCAAUGUGACAACAAUAAAAAUAAAAACUGUUGUCAAUAUUAGACAAAAUUUGCCAAAAUGUAGAAAAAAUAUGAGCACAAAAUGGUGACUGUCUGACUGUGUUUUGGAAAAACAUCCACUUUAGUUACAUGUAAAUGUUUUCUGUAACUUGACCAUAGACUGGGGGCACCUAAGUUGUAUGUGAUUCUUCUCUUGGUACAAAUCAUCUUCUCUUGGUACAAAUCAUCACAUCAUCUUCUCUUGGUACAAAUCAUCACAUCAUCUUCUCUUGGUACAAAUCAUCACAUCAUCUUCUCUUGGUACAAAUCAUCACAUCAUCUUCUCUUGGUACAAAUCAUCACAUCAUCUUCUCUUGCUACAAAUCAUCACAUCAUCUUCUCUUGGUACAAAUCAUCACAUCAUCUUCUCUUGGUACAAAUCAUCACAUCAUCUUCUCGCCGUCUUCUCUUGGUAUAAAUCAUCACAUCUUCUUCUCUUGGUACAAAUCAUCUUCUCUUGGUACACACCAACAAGAGAAUCAAAGAUAUUUUUGUCACUAUUAAUUUGAUUAUUUGUAUGUUAUUAUGAUGCCACACCAAGAGAUUAGAUACUCCAGUUUUGAUACAUAAGAUAAAAUAAAGGAGUACAUGAGAUAUCCUGGGUCCAGAGCGCCUUAUUUUUAGACUUGCAAGCUCCUGCUGCUUUAGCCUGUAACUAAAUAAAGCAAAAUAGAAGGCUCUGGAUCCAGGGUGUGCAUGAGGCUAUGCCAGAGUUUUAAUAAAUUAUCAGUUUUUGUGUGUAUUUGUGAAUAGAAAUAGUUCCUAGUGUGUUACUGAGUAGAUAAAAUGUUAAAUAUGGGCGGCUAUUGUAAAUAUUGUAUUAUAAUUCUUAUAACAUAAAACAGUCAAGGUUACUUGUAAA